AUGUCAGAGGAACAUGAUGGUGAUGUCAUCGAUAGUGAACGAACCCUGGACAAAGAGUGUCAGACGUGCGAUGUGACUUGUGAUGAUGGGAGUGCCAAUAACAGUGCCAGUAUUAAGGAUAGUGAGGCGAGCGAGGUGGGAGAGAAGGGGGACUUGUCGGAGAAGGGAAACGAACCCAGGGGCAGCAUCAUAUGGACGGAUGAGAAGACGCACCUGCGAGUGUCAUGGAACUUGAAGGAAGGCACCGCCACCGACAAAGAUUAUGUGGCUCUUUGUUAUACAGAGACCACAAGCAUAGCCGGUAUCGCCAGGCUCGUGCCGGCGACCGGAUGCGACACUGGACAUAUAAUGUGGCUGCUUGAUGAGCCCAAUCAGCCUUAUGAAGAUUGUGAACAACUGCUCUGUUUUCGUUACUACAAUGGCGAAGAGGACGAAUGCGUUGCAGAGUCUUCUACCCUACCACCACGAUUUAAAAUUGAUCUUAAAAAGUUGCCACAUCGGCUUAAAGAGGGAAUCUCGAGGAAACGAAGCGGUGAUCAAGUGUCACCCUUCUCAUAUAACAAUGAGAGUUUCGAAAUGAGUUCGGAAAACACACCUCGAGUUGAACUAGUGAGUACGAGCCAGGACAUCAAGUAUCUUAGUGAAAAUGUCAAUAAAUGCUCAAUUAGCACCUUAGGAAAUAAUGGGACCUUAAAUCUCGAACAAAUUAAUUGUGAUCAUAGUAAAUCUCUAGUUAGUAGUAGUACUGAAUCUCCUAGUGAAUGUCCCAAUAUUUUGGACUGCAAACCAACGUCGUCUGGUGUCAAAAAGAAAUGUCCUCCUCCCGUCGAUACUGGCGGUGGACAAGUUUUGAACGGUGUCAAGAAAAAAACGAAUAUGAAUAUCGGGUUAGAUUCUCCGACAUCCCCCGAUGGAACUGAAUAUUAUAAGUUAUGGUCACCGCAGAAUCCUUGCAAAAUUAUGAAGUUUGUUUAUGAUGUGGAAGGUGCGAAUGUGCCAAAUGAUGCUCAAAAAUCUCCAGUUCCGCCCUUACCACCUAGACAGUCACACAAACCUCUAGAAAGAAUGCACGCUUUACCUCCGAUUGUUCAGAGGCAUCGGAAACCUAAGAAGUUAACGAAGCCAGAAGAUGCGUUUACUUUUGAGCUGAUAGACACUGAUGAACAAUUUUUUACAGAUAAUAACAUAGCCAACUCCGCAGCUUUGCAAGGAGAUAUUAACGAUUUCAAACCUGGAGAAUUUUAUUCAGGCGUUCAAGCUCCCGUUUCUUCGACCACAACUUUUUUAAGAGGAUGUCAAAAUGUUGCACCUCUAGCAACUCCUGAGACUGAAGGUAGCUUAUGUGACUCAACUAUAUCUUCCAUUAAAUUAUCUAAAUUCGUAGAGGAUAAGAAGUCUGUCGAUGUACCUGAUAGCACGCAAAAUGUUGGUAAAAGCAACAUCGUGUUUAUAAAAGAUAUAGGUCCUGAUAAUUAUAUAACAACUACUUUUGCCAGAAAAGAGAAAAAUGUUGAAGGUGAUUUUCACUUGACGCCUAAUCACGCAAAAUCUGAUGAGAAGGCACAACAUACAUUCUUAAAUGAAAUAUGUAAUCGUGUAGAUUUCGAGGAUGAUAAUAGACAUCAGGUCGAAGAAAAGGAAAUUUCUGUAGUAAAAGGUCACAAGCCCCUCACAAGACAAAAUUCGGGGCGAGCUACUCCGACCAUGAUGACAGCAUUUCUGAAUUCAUCUCACAUUGAUGGGAGCGGUCGGGAAGGAGGGCAAGAGAGCCAUACCGCACCCAGUUCAUGUAAUUCAUCCCCUUCUACCUCUCCCAUAGAAGAAGGUGGUAAGGCGAUACCGAACGUUGGAACGUUGCUGAUGAAUCGCAAAUAUUCAUGUGACAGUUCCACUCCUAAACAUUCAAGUUUGCCUCGUCAUUUGUUGAAAAAUCUCGGAUGUGAAAAUACCAAACAUUCCCCUCACAAAUCGGUCCCAUCGAAGGAUGUCCCAGACAGUCCUAUGAGGCCUCACCCGAGAGCCUUAUCUAGAGUAGCUGCACUAGCAAACACGACCGUCCCGCAAUGUCCACCGACACCCACCCAUCACGCGAGAAGAACGCGGCCCUUACCGCCACCGGACCUACACCCGCCACCUAUACAGAACUGUGAAAACUUUGAAAUGGUCGAAUUCACAAACGAAUUGAGAACAUCGGAGAUUAGAUCGCCUAACUUAGAGUUUGUUAACAGCAACCAUUUCACUAUCGUACACGCUGGACCGCCUGACGAUGUGGUUUUGAGGAGACCACAGGCCGCGGAUGACACUGAUGAUAAUGAAAACGCAGUGGCAUCACCCACACCGUUGAGGCAUAUGGCUGGGAUAAGACUACCCUCUAUACCGGAGAGAGCGUCCAGGCAAAUGGCCUUGACGGGAGACUUCCCGGCUAACAUGAUUGGAGGAAUUAUUGAAUGCGAAGAACCUUUGCCACCUGGUUGGGAGGCUCGCAUGGAUAGCCACGGGCGUGUCUUCUAUAUUGAUCAUAUAAAUCGCACAACAACGUGGCAGAGGCCGGCCGCCAACGGCGCGGCGCGGUCACCCGAACCAGAAGUACAGAGACGACAGUUAGAUAGGAGAUAUCAAUCUAUUCGUCGCACAUUAACUCGGGCUCCGCCUGAAGAUGAGGAGCCCCCCGCGAGUACUUCUAACGCAGCCCCCGCGCCCCACGCGCCGCACCCCGCCGCUGAGUUUCUCGCAAGACCUGACUUCUAUUCCAUAUUACAUAUGAACCUGGAGGCGUCAUCUCUAUACAACUGUAACUCGACUCUCAAACAUAUGAUAUCAAAGAUCCGUCGGGACACGAGUUCCUUCGAGCGUUACCAACACAACCGCGACCUGGUGGCGCUCGUCAAUAUGUUCAGCGAAACUGACAGAGAACUGCCUUUGGGAUGGGACUCCAAGCUCGACAGGAAUGGAAAGCGUUUCUUCGUGGACCACGUGAUGCGUCGGACCACAUUCGUUGACCCCCGUCUGCCUCGCGCGCCGACAGCGGGACCCUUCUCCCCGCUACUGCCUCCACGGCGAAGGCCUAUUAUGACCGAUCAGGCGCCCACUCCUCCGCCAAGGCCUCCUAUAUCUACAACUGACUCCUACUUACAGAACUCUCAACAAGAGAUACCCAUAGCAUACAAUGAUAAGGUGGUAGCAUUCCUACGUCAGCCGAACAUCCUUUCCAUUUUGAAGGAGCGUUGUUCAGGUUGCGGGACUGCUUUAAGGGACAAAGUUAACGCGGUGAGGGUUGAAGGAGCGUCCGCACUUGCUCGCUACCAGAACGACGUUCAGCUGACGUGCCUGUUAAGGCUUUUGUAUUGUCGAAAGUUUAACCACGUGACUGAGUCUUUGGUUGUGUUGUUUAGUAAAACAAGAUUUGCAGGGGCUGUUGGUAGCCCUUCCCCCACCACCCCUUGA